AAGACAGACACAACGCACAGAAGGAGUCAGUGCCCACUUCAGAUCAAGACAGAAUCUCUAGUGGAUAACUACAAGACCAAGAGAAGCUUAUCUGGAUCAAAUCCCGACCAAUCGGACUAUCUUCCUGCAUUUUUCUCUUCUUCUUCUGAAAGACCAAGCAAACUCUGGCGAAGAUGCCAAUUUCAAGGAUGAGGAUGAGGCCGUGGCUGGAGAAGAUGAUCGAGUCCCAGUCCAUCGAGGGCCUGACCUGGGUGGACAAGGAAAAGACCAUGUUUUCAAUUCCCUGGAAGCACGCAGCCCGACACGGCUGGGAGCUGGACAAGGACGCAAGUCUGUUCAGGGAGUGGGCCAUCCACACAGGGAAAUACUCUGAAGGCCAGACACCUUGCGACCCAAAGACAUGGAAAGCCAACUUCCGGUGUGCAAUGAACUCUUUGCCUGACAUUGAGGAGGUGAAAGACAAGAGCAUCAACAAAGGCCACCAAGCCAUGCGCGUCUUCAGGAUGCUGCCUACCACCUCUAAAUCGAGAGAUAAACGAAGCAAAGUCAGGGAAGCAAGGUCGAGCAAAAAGAACACAAAUGUCAAGAGGGAGGAAGACUCUGACUACAGCAAUACUCAGUCUCCUAUUAAUCAAUCACCACGGGAGGAGUCCACUCAGGAAAACACAGUCGACAGCACAGUGCAUUCAGACCAGCAAGACUUCUCUUUUAUGCACGAGCCCGAGGUUCCCGAAUGGUCGUUUUCAGUCGAGGUCGGGGCUGACCUCUUCUACCACAAAUUUGAAGUUUCGCCUGAGCGUAACAUUUCCGAUUACGACGAAUCCGAGGACAUUAUUGAGAUAUGCAAGCAACUGGAGCAAGAGACAAGCUGGAUGUCAUGCAAUUCAAUUGACAAGGGGUUCCUGUGCAAUGAAGCAUGCACCAGUCCAGAAAGCCAGUGGAGUGAUUCUUCCUCAGUCGGAGAAGUAGACGAAAUGCCACGUUACACAAAUUUGUGCUCAGACUACAGAAACGAAACAGACGACGUGUGGAAAGGCUUUUGUGCACAGAUCACUCCCUUGUACUGAGGACUCUCCAAAGCAGGACAGUGCUGCGGCACUUAAGACUUUUUAAAGAGCUCUUCCCGUCCCCACAUCCGCCUUCAGUUUAAAAAAAACACCCACCAUCCUGCCCCGCCACCCGGACCCGUGGUAAAUAAGCUGCCCCCAUCUCUACCGCCCUUUAUGUGAAGAAAAAAUAUUAUGACGUGCGCUGCCAUGUCAAAGGACUUUUUGCAUGCUGUUUUGAUGUUUUUGGCUGGUUCAAAGCAUUGUGGUGCUCAGUUUCUUUUCAUUUGUGGCACUAGCACAGAAGUCAGUUUAGCUGAUGCAUUUACGUACAUUCCCAUAGCAAUUAUAAGGUAGGGAGAAAAUAACGCAAGGUGCGAAUGGAAUGUGAACGAGUGCGAUCCGCAUUCGAGAGUUAGUUAAUGUACAGUGUCAAAUAGUUAUCACUUUUUCUUUCUGUCCGUUACGCAUAAGAGACAUUUAAUUAAACUGAUACCUUUACUCUGGAUUACACUUCUGGUGAAAGCUCAAAAUUUAUGUAUAUAGUUGUUUGUCUUUGUGUAUUUUUUUAUAAAAUAAAGAAACUUGUUCAAAAUAUGA